AUGAAGCCGAGGACACACCUUCUCGUGGACAAGAUAAAAGAAAGAAUGAAGACGAUGACCUACCCAGACGCAUAUUUAGAUGAUGAAACCAUUGAAGAAGACGGAAGUGGUGACAAUAGCGCAACACCAAUGCAGUUUCCAGCUCAUGCUCAUAGGCCAAAGGCCUCUCAGAAAGUAGGGGUUGGCGACAAGAGAAAGAUUGGGCGUGGAACCUUGAAAGGUUUAUCGGUCGAAGCUAAGAGAUUUAAACUUGGCCGAGAAACUUAG